GGAUUCGCCCAUGUCUGUUGAUAUCUCCGAUCCGAGCAUCCCUGCUGCUUACAACGAGGUCAUCGGCAAAGCUGCCACCAACUGGUUGCUCUUGCGCUAUGGGAAUACGAACAGUACCUUGACAUUGUACGAAACGGGGUCUCAUGGGCUUGAGGAGCUUCGAGGGCAUCUGAAAGAAGAGGUACUCUUCGGGCUGUUGAGUCUUGAAGGGAGGUUGCUGCUUCUGGUGUAUAUGCCGGACAAUGUGAGCGGAGUGAAAAGAGCCCGAGCGCUUGUCCAUUCGCGCACUGUCGGCAACACGUUCAGAGCUCACGAUGCCGUUCUCACUGCAUCCAGGCCUUCACAGGUCGAGGAGGAGGAUGUCAGAGCUAAACUUGGAUUGAGUCUUGAGCUCUCUCCGAAGGCCACUAAUUUCGUAUAUACGAAAACUUCCCCGCGCUCCCAACCAGCUAUCAUGCCUCCGACACCACCAGCUUCAGUUCCACGUUCGUCAGGUGCAUCUUUCGAGCAGCGAUCUCCUAUACAUGAUUCUAGAGGACCUGUGUCGGCAGGUAAACCUCCAAGUGCUUUCGAACCACGUGCGGAUCAUCGGGCGUCAAGCGACUCCCGGUCAUCAUCACAUCGCCGUGUUGUCUCGAGUGGUGCUUACAACCAGCCAAGUCUCAGCAAUGGCUUGUCUAUCGAGACACCUGAGAAACCUGCUGCAAUAGUACUUCAUGCCCUUCUCUUGGCGGGCGCAUCCGCUGGUGAUGGAGCACCGCCGCCGCCACCGCCCAAAUCCGAAUUGCGAUCGUCGUCUACUCCGCCUUCUACAUUAGUCUACGCUGCUGGAAAUGGCGUUCCGUAUCGACCCCAAGGUCUCCAGGCGACAUCCUCUAUGGCAGCUAACGUGACCCACUCUCAAGCGCCCUGUGGCACUCAACAAGACAUCCUCCCAUCACAGAUCCUUUCACAGCCGAUUAUUGACCAAAUGCCACGAGUCGGACCCCCGCAGACGGAAGCUCAGCUACAGGCCGCCAUGUCUCGAGCAAAAUGGCAAGCCGAGGAAAAGGCCGCCGACAGCUCGGAACCGGGCCAAUCUCCUAUCCGGGCGGAUCCCGUCGCGUUCGCUGAGGCAGAGCAUCUUAAACGGGAAAACGAGGUCAUGGAGAGGACAAAACUAGAUGCAGAAGAGCAACAAAGACUAUAUCUCGAGGAAAUUCGACGUCUAGAGGCAGCGCAGAGGCUGCGACAAGAAGAAAUGCGGCAUGCUGCAGAAACCAAACGGAAGGCGGAUGAAGCACAGAGGCAAGCUACUGCUGAGAGACAACGACAGGAGGAAAUGCUGGAAAGACAACGUCGGAUGGAAGAGGAAGUUGAAAAGCGGCGAAGGGCCAAAGAGGACAAGCGACUUCAGAGGGAGAAGUGGAUGGAGGAGCGAGCCAAUAUGGAAGACAAGUUCCGGCAGCUUCAAGUGGCUGGUGCCGUAAUGUUAACUGGGUGGGCGAGUCAUCAAGUCGGAGUCGUAUGGCGCCGUCGGUAUUUCCAGCUUCGACCCGACUGUUUAUUACUAUUCAAGAAUGCAGAGGAAAUUACUCGACCUGUUGGAGAUUUUCCAGUAGCCGACAUCGAAGCUGUCCACGAUGCCAGGGAUGAGUUGCAGCUCCCUCAUUCCGUCAGGGUAGACUUCAAAGGAUCGGACCCUGCGUACUUCUAUUGCGACUCCCAAGAGGACACAGAAGUUUUCAUUGCGGCUCUGAACCAAGCCGCUGCACUGUGAGCUUCGUUCAGCGAAGCUAUUCUGCCACUUUUGAUAUCCUAAUUAUUAUCACGAUUGUUGCACGAAGAACUUUGUAUCUGUUGAAUCGUCACAUUGGUUGUAGCUGUUGCGAGCAGGACCUGGAAUGAAC